ACUGUCCAAAGAUAUUACCGUAUCUACCAUAAAGCUAUUGCUAGUUGAUAUGUUUUUGUUGUGAGUUUACUUAUUAUUAGACACUGUGUUGUUACUUGCGAAGCAGUGGCAUGUUAUUGUGCAACUUUGAAUUUCGUUUACCUUACGUGAGACGUGUUGUCAACAGAUGGUGUUAUCGGAAACUUGAUAAUACAGGGUAAAGGAUUUAUCUGGGAUGAGUUUUCAUCGUGAGUCACUUUCAAACAAUCAGACGCCAGUUAAGAGAAAAAGAGGGUAUUCCGAGGACGACGAAAUGUCAGAAGACAACCUGACCUCAUCCCUUUGUGGAUCUGGGAGGAGGAGCAGUUCUCCAGAUAUGUUUGCUGAUUCAAUGGAAUAUUUAAGUACUUCAUUGUCUGAAGAUGAUGCAAGAACAGAGAAGCAAUACAAACCAUCAGCUGAUAAAAAGGACAAGAAACUUGAUGAAAGUUUAAAACAAGACACAAAAGGAGAGUCAUGUCCGUGGCGAGGUGUUAGCCUUGAGGAUAUUAAAAGUGGUUAUGGCCUGUGGGGAUACCCACAGUUGCCUCCAGUUCGGUCAUCAAACAGCCAUGCUGUGCUAUAUCAGCUUCCUGUGGGUAGAGGAGAAAAACCAGCACCUUUGAAGCAGCAUUACAUUGAUAAAUGGGAUAGUGAAUAUGUUAGAAUGCCUUUUUCACCACAGAAUCUUUGUGCUGUUAAUAAGAAUGAUGGAAGUUCAAAAAAUUCACCACGCCGUGUCUGGGAGCUUGUAGAAGAAGCUUUGCUUAGGAAUAUAGUAUCAUCCCAACAGCUGGAAGCAGCCAUACUGUCAUAUUGUAGUGGAUAUGGUCGAAUCUGGGACUUUACGACUCUGCACUAUUUUUUGUCUGAUGUACUAGAUGAGACAGAAGUGGACUGUUUCUUCUCUCAGCUGUUGCCUAACAUGGUUCAGCUAGCUUUGCAGCUACCUUCUCUAAUCAGAAGUCCAGUUCCCUUGUUGAAGCAGUUCAGGAACAGCUCUGUUAGUCUGAGUCAGCUCCAGAUUGCAAGUCUUUUAAGUAAUGCUUUCUUCUGUACAUUUCCAAGACGAAAUAUGCUACAGCGUAAUUCAGAAUAUGCUACAUUUCCAGAUAUUAACUUUAACAGGUUAUUUCAGGCAAACAAGAAAAAGGCAUCUCAGAGAGCAGUGGAAAAACUUAAAUGUAUCCUUCACUAUUUUAGAAGAGUAUGUCAUAAGGCUCCAGAGGGUGUAGUAACAUUCACCCGAAGAUGCAUAGCUCCAGAAAACUUACCUCUCUGGGAGACAUCGUCAAAGUUAUUGAAUAAACUACAUAUAACAAGCUGUGGAACCAUAGAAGAUGAAGGCAGAGGAAUGCUUCAAGUUGAUUUUGCUAACAAGCGAUUAGGUGGUGGUGUUCUUCGCUGGGGCUGUGUACAAGAGGAAAUUCGUUUUGUAAUUUGCCCAGAGCUAAUUGUGUCAAGAUUAUUUACCGAAUCCAUGGAGCCACUGGAAGCAGUGCACAUAAUUGGCUGUGAACGAUUUAGCAAUUAUAAAGGCUAUGGCGAUAAUUUUGAAUGGUCUGGUGAUCAUUGCGAUACUACGCCACGAGAUUCAAGUGGGCGACGACUUUGUUCCAUUACCGCAAUAGAUGCACUGGCAUUUCGAAAUCCCAACAUGCAGUAUACUCCAAGUAACAUUACAAGAGAAUUAAACAAGGCUUACGUUGGAUUCUUCAGUCCCGAAAUUCCAGAAGAUCAGCGUACACCUGUAGCAACAGGAAACUGGGGAUGUGGAGUAUACCGUGGCAAUGCUAAGCUAAAGUCACUGCUGCAGCUUAUGGCAGCUACUGAAGCUGGUCGUCAUCUUGCAUACUUCACAUUUGGAAAUGAAACUUUACGAGACGAUGUUUUCCAGAUGUACACUUUUUUGAUGGAGAAUCGUGUUACAGUUGGGAAACUCUGGCAGUAUCUGCAGCAGUAUUAUGACUAUUGUGUGAGAGAUGGAAAGGUAACUCUGGACUUGUAUGCAUACCUAUACAAACGAAUUUCUGAUUCAGAGACAUCUGUACACCCAGCAGGAAAUAUUCGGUCUGUGGAGCCAGGCAGCUUCGCUUCCAAAAAUAACUCCACCUGGAAUAAUAAAGUUGAAGAAUGGAGUACCUCAACUGGCAGUAGUAGAAGUAAAUUACAAAAAAGCUUAGAAAGAAGAGAUGGAAACAGAGAAUCUUCAGUUUCAAGCUCCGUUAAAGACAUUGGACAGAACUCUGCAAAAGUUGCAUCUGAAAGUUCAGCCAUGCAUCAUAAAAAGAACAGUGAUACAGUGACUGAGGAAAACUUAAAAGCAGUUAUGAUGGAAGUUGAGAGUGUAGAUAAUGAGGUCUCUGUUCCAGACAAAUUGUGUGACUCCUCCGCAGCAAAACCAGGAAGUUCAAGUUCAAAAACUAGUUUGUUAGAUCAACUGGAUAAGUUUGAAAACACAGAACUUCCAAAAUCAACAAAUACCCCAAAGAGAAAGAUAUCUGAUUAUUUUAAUGCAGUUCAAAAAUAAUGUUUUUUUAGCUGUUACAUUCUUAAAUUUCUGCAAAUAAGAAUCACAUUGUUAUUUAUUUACAGCUGAGAUCACAGUGCAUAAAUAAAUGUAAAUACAUUGAAAAUUGUAUAAUGGAAUCUUAUAUUAAACUACUGUACAAUUUAAAGCAACAAUUUUAAGAAAUACUUUUUAUAUUGUGUCAAACACAUCUGGUUAACAGCAAAUAAAUAUUUUAUAUGUGGUUUAA